GUGUUGAGGGAGAGGGAGAUGGAGAUGUGAGCUGCCCACAUGGUGAACCCGUCUCCUGUCCUCUUAAAGCAGCAGCACGCCUGGUCCUGAUGGCAGCAAUGGCAGCCAGAGAUAUACAUCUCCGUGCAUCUCUAUGGUGGUCUCGCCUACCAGUCCCAUUAACCCCACAUCAUCCGUCCGUCUUGUCGCUUUCCUUCUCCCCAUUCAUUUUUUUCAUCAAAAGAAAUGAACAAUUCCAUCCCGUUAAUUCGAACAGCUAGCUAGCUAGCUGCCUGGCCAUCUGUGAAUCGAUUACGCAAAGGACAAAAUUUCAAAGCCAAAGUUAAAGGAAAAAAGUGAAUUCAAGAAGAAGAAGCAGCAGCAGCAACAGCAGGAGGUGGAGAAGAAGAAGAAGAAGGAGCGGUAUGCAGUUGCAGGCAGGUGCAGUAGUGGCAACGAUUCUUCUCCUUUCUCUCUCGCUGACUCCAAUUUCUGCUACUUCUCCUCGGGAUUCCUCCCCUCUCUCUGCUACCUUUUCCCACUACUUAUACGCUCCAUUUCCUUCCCUUCCUACUGCUCCAACUGUACUGCGGGGGCAGAGGAAGGGUCUAGAGAAGGGCAGAGGGAGGAUGGAGAGGGACGGAGGAGAGAGGUUGAGCAUGUGUUCGUCUUCUCCUUCUUCUCCAGGGAAGAAGUGGCCACAGAUGAAAGACGCACUCCUUGUUGCUCCAGCAAACAACUACAAAGGUACAACCGCUACCGCCACCCUCAGCCCUGACACGCACUAUAAUAAUAAUAGUAAGGUAAGGGAUCAGUCGAUGGUGGAGAAGGCGUCGCCGGCGAUGGCGAAGGUCGAGGCGCUGCGGUGCCCCCGGUGCGACUCCGCCAACACCAAGUUCUGCUACUACAACAACUACAGCCUCGCGCAGCCUCGGCACUUCUGCAAGGCCUGCAAGCGCUACUGGACCCGCGGCGGCACCCUUCGCAACGUCCCUGUCGGUGGCGGGUGCCGGAAAAACAAACGCGUAGUCAAGAAACCCGCCGCCGCUGCCGCCGGAAACGCCUCUCGCCCUCUUAUAAGCCCGCCGCCGGAUCGUCAUCGAAUAAUUCAUACUAAUUCUCUUCCGGCGGACGCUGGGAGACCAGGGGCCGCCGCCGCCGCGCUCUACGCGCACCACGCCCUGCAGCAGAUGGCCUCCGCUGCCUCGUUGCCGCUAGUCUUUGACGGCCUCGCCGACCCGUCCUAUGAUCUGCUGCCGCAUCUCGGCCUCGGAGUGCUCUCCUCCAACCAAGAUCUCGGCUUUCAGCACCUGCCGCCGGUGAAUUCCAUCCUGAGCGACGACAAUCUACUGAUUCGGUCCUCUAUGCUUCCCUCUCCAUCACUCUUUCCGUCGAGCAUCAAGCAUCCGAUGAAGCAAUUAGAGGAUCAAUUCGAUCAGUCUUUGCUUCCAUUCGACACGAGUGCUGAUCAAUUGGAGGCCUCCGCACUGACCAACGGAGGCAUCAACGGGAUGAUGAAGGAAGUCAAACUAGAAUCGUCGCAGAGCAACAAUAUGAUGACUGGCAACAGCUUCUCGCAGAAUUGGCAGAACUCCAUUGUCCCCUCCCAUGUCAAUCCCCUGGAUAACUUCCUUCCGACACCUUCAGUUUCCAUGUACUGGAACUCAACCACCGCUGCUGCCGCCGGCGGCAUUAGUUGGUCGGAUUUCAACACAAACUGCCUAUUCCUCUUAUCUAAUUCCUUGUUAGCAUCAUCCCUCAACUUAAAGUAA